GGCUAGUGGGCAUCCCCGUUUCAAAAUCGACGCUUUAUUGAUAAUAAACAGUUCGUUGGAUCGGCCUCGGGCAUCGGCUCAGUUGGAGUUGGAGUUGGAGCGAGUCGGUUUGAGGGUCGCCGGCCGGCCAGGGAAAAGACAUGAGACGAUAGGCACCGGAGGAGGAGGUGACGUGUGAUGACCCCAGGGCCGAUAUGUUCAACUCCAGGAAACCGGACAACCUGGUUCAAAGGCUGCUUCAACUCGCUCAGAAGUUCAACUGUUUCUACUUGGAAGGCCUACAGAAAGGCGAUUAUCGUCCUUUUGUAGUCGGAGGGGAGCAGGUCGGCCUGAUCGGACCCGAUGUGAGCUCAGCUCUCCAAGACCAUCCAAAUGUGUUCCACCUAGACUCACAUGCCGUCUCACUCAACCCAGCGUUUCGCGACUACAAGGAGAGGUCGGCAAGGAUGGCCGAGGUGCUCAACCAGUGGAGGCGGGCGGGUAGGUUCGAGGCCCUGAAUGGCUGGAGGGAUGAAUGUUUUGAGAUAAGGAGGGUCUUCUCAGCAGAGCCCCUGCUUAAAAUGGACAGAUCAGCAACUUGUCUCUUUGGCAUAUGCAAGUACGGCGUGACGAUCACUGGUUUCGUCAAAGACCGUCUUGGAGAAGAGAAAGGCCUCAAGAUCUGGCUCCAGAGGAGGUCGGCGACGAAACAGACAUGGCCUGGAAAGUGGGACAACAUGGUCGCCGGUGGCCUCUCGGUCGGCUACGGCGUCCUCGAGACUGCUCACAAAGAGGCGGCUGAGGAGGCUUCGAUACCACCGAGCCUCCUUAAGAACCUCACGUCGGUCGGAUGUGUUUCGUUUUACUAUGAGUCGGAACGGGGGAUCUUUCCAAACACGGAGUUUGUCUACGACUUAGAACUUCCGCCCGACUUCGUGCCAACAAACAACGAUGGCGAGGUUGACAAAUUCGAGCUGCUGACAGCAAAUGAAUUGGUUGAAAGGCUUUUCUCACCCGACUUCAAGACGACGAGCUGCCCCGUAGUUGUUGACUUUCUAAUAAGGCAUGGCAUCAUCUCACCUGACAACGAUCCGCAUUUCCCGCAGUUGGUCGAGCUCCUGCACGUCCCGCUCCAGUCAAUUUACAAGCCGGUGCCAUUCAAGAAUGGGACAUCGCAAUGAUCUCAGCGUUUAAAGAAGAAGAAAUGUUUGGUGAGGGGGGGAUUUCGAGGGGAUCAAGUAAAAGAGAGAAGACGAAUCUGUUUCGAUCAUUUCUUUUCUUGGUUAGGGGGGCCGAUUACGAGUCCCAUCCCCCGCAUUUUUGACUCAACCAAUUAAUUAUACUUUUAAGCCUACAUUCAGCAUUAGAUAAUCAACUGCGUAUUUGUACGAGACACCGUCGAGUAUUUUUUUAUUAUUAUUGAUGAGUUUUAAUCAAGGAUACGCUGUGAUUUUUACUUUUUUAAACAAGGGGGAUUAAAACAACCGAAUAGUUUGAAAUUAUUAGGACUCCCUCGUAUGCGUUUGAGUUGUUUUUUUAUGUUUUAGCUUUUGAUAGACAUGAGGGAGUCUUCACAUACCAGGACGUCUAGUCAUAAAAAUGAAAAAAAAAUCUAACUUUGUUAUUCCCCUUCUGCGUACUAUGUACUAAUUGUACAACUCAUUUCUUUUUGUCUAUCACUUUUUCUUUUUUGUUUUUAUUGUAUGUAUAUUUAUAGUUAUAUAUAUUUUUUUGCUUUUUGUUCUUUUUUAUUCUAAACUGUAUGUCAAAUGCUAGUCAAAAAAAUACAAUGUAAUAUUUAAAAAAUAAUGAUAAUAAAAACCAGAUGACUUCAUUGUAUCGUUUUUUAAAACAAUAUAAUAAGAAUGUGUAAGUUGUCUGGACAAAAAAAAAGUACAUUUAUGCAUCAGAUAAAUUGUAUUGAAUUGAAUUCAAAUAAAAUAUUUAUA